AUGUUUAUUAUGCAAACUUGACCAGGAAGUGCGUCAAGGUUGGCUUGAUUCUGGUAAAAAGUAGCUGAUUCUCACAAACAAGCAAUCCGGUUACAGGUUACAGCGAAGGUUAACAGACGAACCAGCGACGAUUUGAAACGCAUAUGAACAAUUCUCCUGUACACAUGCAAGGUGCAACUAGGGACAUGCCUCCGCCCUACUCCUCUCCUUCGGGCCCCGCCGAAUUCUCCCAGUUGCAACAACCAUUACCCUAUGGAAAUCCACCCCAGUCAAUUCAGCAGUCUUCGUCUCAAAGUUCGGUGGUCGUCGUACAGCAGCCACCACAGAUAUAUCAGCAAAUGACGACGCCUCCUUCUGAUUAUCUCGGAUGGUCAAUUUGUGGCUGCCUCUGCUGCCUGUGGCCUAUUGGAAUCUGUGCUAUUGUGGCCUCCAUGAAUGCCCGCUCUGCAGUAGACAGAGGUGACUUGGAGGACGCCAAGACGAACUCUAACGUUGCAUUGGGAAUAAACAUUACCAACACUGUUAUUGGAAUUAUUUUUUUCGUGGUUAUUGUCGUAGUGGUACUAUCCUAGAAAACGUGUCUGGGCCCUGUCAGUUUCAGACUUAUUUUACGCCUAUCUCAACACGGUACCUAUCGCUUUUUUAAUAAACAAACAUUUUCAGACAUUAUUUUUAUAAACGUCAACAUUCGUUUUCAUGAGUCAACAUUCGAAAGUAAUGCGGUUCCUAUGGAAAAAGUUGAACCUGCUUCAGAAAUGUAGACAGAACUCCAUACGAUUGAUAUGGAUACAGAACAGUCCACUUUAGAAAACUGUAGCAGGAUUUACUGCGUAAAAUAGAUAUGCACGUAACCAACCGUAUAUUUUACCAUUUAAUUAAACUGCAUAUACUGCAAGACAGUUUUUUUUAAUGAAUGCCCAAUUCACAUUUUGCUGUAUUCUCAUCUGGUAUAUAGUAUAUAUAAGCAAAAUAUUUUUUCCAAAACUUCAGCGGUAUUCCAUAUGAAACACGGUAAAGUUGUUGUUUUUGCUAAGUUCUAAAUUUUGCUGUUAUGAUUUUUUUUUUCGAAAAUACACCUUGAUCAAUAAUUUAAAAAAAACAAUAUCGGAGCUCUUUAUGCCAAAGCCACUUUACCUGAAUUCCGCCAAAAAUAUAUCCUACAGUACAAUAUAUCAAUUUCUACACAACAAAUAAAAUAACUGAGGAAAUCGCGUUUUGCAACCAACAAGUCAACAAUAACAAUAAAUCGUGUCGUUUUUGUUCUUUUUUAAACGUUGUUAUUUACAUUUUAACAUCAUUAGACGAACAUUGAAAGGUAUUUUUAAAAUCGUAUUAACGUGCAUAUUUUCAAUUGAUACAACAACUUAAAUGCAUUUCUUUGGUUAUUUCAUUCCUAAAUACAUGUAUAUACAUUUCUGCUUAUUUGUUACGCUCUAACCAAGUAACUGUAUGUAUUAGUUGACUUCUUUCCUUUAAUAUGGCCGUACAUUUUCUCAAUUUCGCAAAGUUAUUUUGUUAAUACGGAAUUCUGCUAAUAAAAAAUGGACUUGGAGGCUAAA